UCCUCCUUCUUCCAUCGACCCACACGCUGCUAUAAAUUUGCCCCGAAACACACUUGUUUCACCAUGUAACAACCUUGUCGAUCUGCCUUGCUAGCUCGCAGCAUUCCAUAAUUUGGAAACAGCCACUGAAGCAACGUGCCACCACACCGGCCACCGGUAAACAAUGGAGCUUGUGGCACUGCCGUUGCUCGGUCUCCUGGUCUCCCUAGUCGUCGUACUAGUCAACCUCGUCGUCAAGAUUCACCCUACCCCGCCGGCGCCAGGGACAGGGAAGCGGCUGCCGCCGGGGCCACGGCAGCUGCCGCUCGUCGGCAGCUUGCAUCACGUCCUGCUGUCGCGCUACGGCGACCUGCCGCACCGGGCGCUGCGUGAGCUCGCCGGCAGGCACGGCCCUGUCAUGCUGCUCCGCCUCGGCGCGGUGCCCACGCUGGUCGUCUCCUCCGCCGAGGCCGCCAGGGAGGUCCUCAAGACGCACGACGCCGCCUUCGCCAGCCGCCACCUGACGCCCACGCUGGCCGUCUUCAGCCGCGGCGGGCACGACAUCCUCUUCUCCCCCUACGGCGACCUGUGGCGCCAGCUCCGCCGGGUGUGCGUCCUCGAGCUCCUCAGCGCGCGCCGCGUCCAGUCCUUCCGCCACAUCCGCGAGGACGAGGCCGCCCGCCUCCUCCGCUCCAUCUCCGAGGAGUGCGCCCGCUCCGGCGACGCUGGCGCCGUCGUCGAGAUCGGCGAGGGGAUGUCGCGCAUGAUAAACGACGUCGUGGUGCGGUCGGCCGUGGGCAGCCGGUGCCCGCGGCGCGACGAGUUCCUGCGCGAGAUCGACGAGUCGGUGAAGCUGACCGCCGGCUUCAACCUGGCCGACCUGUUCCCGUCGUCGGCGCUGGCGCGCUGGCUCAGCCGCGGGCUCCGGGAGACCGAGCGGUGCAACCGCCACGUGCGCGACAUCCUGAACGACAUCAUCCGCGACCGCAUCGGAGGCGGCGACGGCAGCGACAGCGAGGACGACCUGCUCGGCGUGCUGCUGAGGGUGCAGAGGGACGGCGGCGGGCAGUGCGCCCUCACCACCGAGAUCAUCACCACCGUCAUCCUGGAGAUCUUCGCCGCCGGGAGCGAGACGUCGUCCACGACGCUCGAAUGGGCCAUGUCGGAGCUGGUAAGAAACCCGCGCCUCCUCCGCAAGGCGCAGACCGAGGUCCGGGAGGCAUGCAAGGGCCAGCGCACGCCGACGGAGGGCGACACGGGAAGGCUGCGCUACCUCCACCUGGUGAUCAGGGAGACGCUGCGCCUGCACGCGCCGGUGCCGUUCCUGCUGCCCCGGCAGUGCCGGGAGCGGUGCGAGGUGAUGGGCUACGACGUCCCCGAGGGGACCAAGGUGCUGGUGAACGCGUGGGCCUUGGGCAGGGACGGGGCCUACUGGGAGGACGCCGAGCGGUUCAAGCCGGAGAGGUUCGAGGCCGAGAGCGCCGCCAUGGACUUCAGGGGCGGCGACUUCGAGUUCAUCCCCUUCGGCGCGGGGAGGAGGAUGUGCCCCGGCAUGGCGCUCGGCCUGGCCAACAUGGAGCUCGUGCUCGCGGGCCUGCUCUACCACUUCGACUGGGAGGUCCCCGGCGGCGGGAGGCCGGAGGAGCUGGACAUGUCCGAGGCGUGCGGGAUAACCGUGCAGAGGACGUCCAAGCUCGUCCUGCACGCUACGCAACGUAUUCCACUCGCAAAUUAGUGAUCUUUUUUUUUUGCAUGGCGCAAAUUAGUGAUCGAAUCCUCCUUUUUUGA